CUUGUGCUCGCAUUCAGGUGAGGUCCACAAAUUGAGAGCUCUUGAAAACUUUUAAACUCUUAUGCUAGUUUAGUUUUGAGCAAAAUUAGAGCAAGAAAAUCAACCCAGUUUUGAUGCUAGUACUCAUUUGUUUGAGGGACUAUCAUGUAGUUGACCAAUUGUAUGUAAGACACAUGGGGAAUUGGAAAUCUAAGGUUCUUCCGAAGAUCAAAAAGGUUUUUGAGAAAAACGGUACGAAGAAGGCUGCUGUCGAGGCUUGCAAGUCCUUUGAUGAUUCGAAGGAGGAGAUCAGUAAGGAAUUUGAAGCCAAAAAGGCUGUGCUUCAACCUAAAAUAGUUGAAAUGUACGAAGCUUCACCUGCUGAAAUUAAGACCACUGUUAAGGACCCCAAAGGGGCAGGAUUAUAGAAGCACUCCGCUGAUGUUCACAAGUUCCUUGAAGAGCUCACCAAAAUCGAGUUUCCGGGUUCGAAAGCAGUGUGCGAAGCAUCGUCAAAGUAUGGGGCAGCCUUGGUACAAGGACCAGUGAUGUUUAUCUUGGAGAAAGUCUCAACCUUGAUUGUGGUACAAGCGCCAGCAGCUCAGGAAGAAACGAGCGGCAAAGAGAAGGAGAUAGCAGUGGAAGAAGAGAAGAAAGAAGAGGUUGUCUUGGUUGAAGAAAAAGCUCAAGUGGCGGAGCCUGCCAAGGUGGAGGAAGCAGGUGAACCACCCAAGGCCCAGACGGCAGUAAAUUAAGCAUUGGUGUUACAUCUUAAUUUAUAUAAACAACAUUGAUUGGAUAUUCUUUGCAAUUUCUCUGGAAUUGUUUCGAGUGAAGCUAGCUCUCAUGUGUCCUGUGUAAUAGUAUUUAAUUUUUUUUUAAUUUUGGAAUUACAGGGUAUAGUGUGGCAAGUGAUUGGGGGAGGAACUAUAUAUUUGUAUUUGAUAUUUGACAAUUGAUAUGCUAGUUUCUUUUUUUAAUAUCGAUUGUAAAAAAGGGGAAAAAAUGAUUACAUAAA